UCCCGCCCGCGCAGGCGCCCGUGGGCGGAAGUGACGCAGCGCUGGGGAGGUGGCGGCGAUGGCGGAGAAGUUCGACUCCCUGGAGGAGCACUUGGAGAAGUUCGUGGAGAACAUCAGGCAGCUUGGCAUCAUCGUCAGCGACUUCCAGCCCAGCAGCCAGACGGGGCUCAAUCAGAAAUUGAAUUUCAUGGUGACGGGCUUGCAGGAUAUCGAUAAGUGCCGGCAGCAGCUUCACGAUAUCAGCGUGCCCUUAGAAGUUUUUGAGUAAGUAUGUGCGUGACUGGAAGGGGAGGUGC